CUGAUAGUGAGGCUGCUGAUUGGUUAAUGAAUGCCUUCCAGCUUAAGGACCAGUUGCUCUCAUAUUUUAUGGCUCAGGGCCAUUUCCCUAACCAAGGAACAGAAGAAGAACUUUCUACAUUGAAAUGCUCGUUCAUAUUGUAGGCUCUGUAGCUUCAGCAACUGUGUUUUCCAUCAACAAUCAAUGCACCUACACAGUUUGGCCUGGUAUUCUCUCCGGAAACGGGCCGACCCUCGGGGGUGGUGGGUUCUCCUUGAAUUCGGGGCAAUCGGUCAAGCUCACGGCCCAACCUGGAUGGUCGGGGCGUUUAUGGGCCAGAACCGGGUGCAACUUCGACCCAUCAGGCUAUGGCACGUGCGUUACUGGCGACUGUGGCGGCUCGCUCAACUGCACUCUCGGCGGCGCAAUGCCAGCCACGCUAGCCGAGUUCACAAUCGCCUCCGGUCCCACCAACAUGGACUUCUAUGAUGUGAGCCUGGUGGACGGGUACAACGUCGGAAUGGGCGUUAAGGCUACUAGCGGAACCGGUGACUGCCAAUACGCGGGCUGCGUGGCGGACCUAAAUCGUGACUGCCCGAAAGAGAUGCAGGUCACAGACUCACGCUCGGUUGUCGCGUGCAAGAGUGCAUGUGCGGCGUUCAACACAGACGAGUUUUGUUGCACCGGAGAUCACUCGACACCGCAGACAUGCUCCCCCACACAAUACUCGGCGUUGUUCAAAAAUGCGUGUCCGACCGCGUAUAGUUAUGCCUACGAUGAUGCUUCGAGCACAUGUACUUGUUCCGGGUCGGACUACUUGAUCACGUUUUGCCCGACGGGUCGUGAUGAUUAAAAAAUAUUAAUUAGGGGGGAUGACUUAAUAAGUGUUUCUUCGUUUAUGAUUUUAUGAUGCACACAAGUAUACGUGGGUU